AUAUAUGUUUCAUGAGAGAUAUUUUUAUAUUUAAACAAUUUGAAAGCCUAUAUAUAUGUGAGCUUACAUCAAGCAAGAAAAUACACUCUGUUAACAUGGCUAGCAAGCUCUCUUUCUUCUUUUGCAUUCUCCUUGUUUCACUGGCUGUUGAUUCAUUUUGGUCCUCAAACACUCAAGUGAUGGCUCUGCGAGAUCUACCUUUAUUAGAAGAAGCUGUACAAGUGAUUAAGCAGGUUGUCCUCCCAGAUCUUCUAAAAUAUUAUAAAGGAUGUAACAAACCUUGCAAUUCUCAUGCAGAUUGCAAUUACAAAGGUGGACCGUGUACACAAUGUCGGCUCAAAUAUGGCAAGCGAUCCAAGUUUACCACAUGCCAAAUUUGGAAAAAUUGACCGAUCCAUUUGAAUGUCGUAUGAAAAAAGUAGUGUUUUCUAUGAUCUUAUCUGUAUUUCCUUUCUUUUUUGGUUUCUCAUUGAAUAAAGAAGUAGUUCUUAGUUA